AUGGAUUCAGCAGAGGUUUGGGGAGAAGAAGAUGGUGUGACCGCUGAGGUCGCCAAUCUUACGGCUGCAGAACUGCGGAUGAGGACAUCUUUAGUUGAUUCGGAGCUCAAGUACUUCAAGAGUGAAGCAAACAAGCUCAAAUUUGAACUGAACAAUAUGCAGGAGAGGAUCAAAGAGGCAAUCGAAAAGAUCCGGCUGAACAAACAACUGCCUUAUCUCGUCGGCAGCGUCGUUGAGUUGUUUGAUAAUGAAGAGGAAGGAGAGGAGGACGGGGCGGCCACCGACAUUGACCUGCAACGAAAGGGGAAAUGCAUCACCGUCUUUCUCCCCGUCAUUGGCCUUGUGGAGGCAGAUCAACUGAAGCCUGGAGAUUUGGUAGGGGUCAACAAGGACUCGUACCUGGUGCUGGACAAGCUUCCUGCAGAGUAUGACGCCAGGGUAAAGGCAAUGGAGGUUGACGAACGACCCACAGAGGAGUACAGUGAUGUUGGGGGUCUCGACAAACAGAUUCAGGAGCUAAUUGAAGCCAUUGUUCUCCCCAUGACGCACAAGGAACGUUUUGAUAAAAUCGGCAUUCGGCCACCAAAAGGAGUUCUGAUGUAUGGGCCGCCUGGAACCGGGAAGACCCUUCUCGCAAGAGCAUGCGCAGCUCAGACAAAGGCGACGUUUCUGAAGUUGGCGGGCCCGCAGCUCGUCCAGAUGUUUAUUGGCGAUGGUGCAAAGAUGGUCCGCGAUGCUUUUGAACUGGCGAAGGAGAAAGCGCCUGCAAUCAUAUUCAUUGAUGAGCUCGACGCCAUCGGGACGAAGCGUUUUGAUAGUGAGCUAUCGGGAGAUCGUGAAGUCCAGCGUACAAUGCUUGAGCUCCUUAACCAGCUGGAUGGCUUCAGCAGCGACGACCGCAUCAAAGUUAUUGCAGCAACGAACAGGCCGGAUGUGCUGGACCCCGCUUUGCUCCGUUCUGGGAGGCUCGAUAGGAAAAUUGAACUGCCUCAUCCCAACGAAGACGCCAGAGAACGAAUUUUGCAAAUUCACGCCCGAAAGAUGACCGUAAACAAGGCGGACGUGAACUUCCGGGAGCUAGCUAGGAGUACAGACGACUUCAACGGCGCUCAGCUCAAGGCCGUUUGUGUUGAAGCGGGAAUGAUCGCACUUCGUCGCAACGCCUCCGAGCUACAGCACGAGGACUUUGUCCAGGGUAUUGCUGCAGUUCAAGCUAAGAAGAAGUCAAGCCUGAACUAUUUCACGUGA